AUGAAUCGAUCAAUUCCUCGAGAUAUAGUCGUUGAAAUAUUGUCAUGGCUUCCUGCUAAGUCUUUAAUGCGUUUUAAGUGUGUUAAUAAAUUCUUUAAUUUUAUUAUUUUCGAAUCAGAUUUUACGAAUAUCCAUAAAUAUCGAUCUCUUAUCCGUCCCGAUGGAACAAAAUUCUUUUUGCACGGUAGUGAUUUUUAUUGCACCUCACAAAACUCUGCCUCCAUUCUUCAAAUAGAGAGUUUUUGUGAACUCCCCUUUCAUAUCCAUAUAGAUACUCUUUUGAAUUGUGUUAACGGUUUAUUUUUACUUUGGCAACCAUUAUCUGUGCAACCUGCCACAAUUUUAAACCCUAGUACAAGAGAAGUCAGAUAUCUUCCAAACCUAAUCGAAGGUUUUUCUUGGUGUCACUAUUCAUUAGGUUUUGAGCCAGAAGAAAACAAGUACAAAGUUCUUUCGACAAUAAUAUAUGAUCAAAAUGGUUGCAUAAAAAACAUGGUUUUCACUUUAGGCAUAGACGAGUCAUGGAGAGAGACUAAACACAUUCCCCCUCUUAUUUUGUGUAAGCCCGGGAUUUGCAUCAACGGAGUUAUCUAUAGGUUUGUUUUCCAUAGAGGACUUGCUAUAGUUGCAUUUGAUGUUAAGACGGAAAAUUCCAAACUUAUUGCAUUUAGGGGCGUCUCUCAUGGGUGGUCUUACGAGUUAAUAGAGGUGAAGGGUAAACUAGCUGUCGUAGAAUAUGAAAUAUGCUCGUAUGAAAAAAUCCACUUGUUUGUUUUUGAACAAACUCGAAAAGGAGAAGAAUGGAAGAGUUAUGCUAUUCAAUUCCCUUCUACAUGGAAGUAUAUACAACAAGAAAUCAUACUCGAUGUCAGAUUAUCAUGCACGUCUUGUGAUGGGAAGAUCUUAUUCAUUACGAAUUUAAAGUCUGGUACUUUAUGUUUGUGUUAUGAUGUCACGAGACAGAGUUGGAGAAAAUUGGAAAUUAAGGGGCUUCGUAAGAACCACCGCAUCAUAGGCAUUUGUAGUUAUGUAGAAAGACUAGUUAUGUAG